CCCAGCGUUAUUCGCUCAGUUUGCGUCUGAUAAGAGCACGAGAGUACAGUGUAUCAUAUUUUCAAAUAAUUAAUCUACAAUAAAAUUUCAUGGUUUAACGAUUAAUCCCGAUCCAAGAUGAAGAUCUUCGUAUUUCUCAUCAUUGCACUGUCUCUUUUCAGUGCUGAUGCACAAGUGGCACCAGAAUUACCCAGCAAGUGCGAGCUAUCGUUGACAGGUGAUCAGGGCACGAUCUCGUCGGCGAACACAUUAGCUUCAUCGGAGAACUGCACCUGGACGAUAAAUCUACCACCAACAAAAUUUAUACAUUUUUCCGUCAGCCAUCUAACGCUACACAACGCCCUGAACUCCUGCUCGAACAGUCUCUCGAUAAACGAGACAGUAAAUUCCACCACGAAGAGUCUUGGCCUCUUCUGCAACAGCUCAAUUCCAUCCCCGAUUCUAACCACGACCUCAUCAGCCCGAAUCCGCUUCCAAACGAACAAUACCGCGGAAUCCAAGACUGCAGGCACCUCCAACUCCUUUCAACUCAUGUGGAAGGCCCUGGACAACCCGAACGCGAUCUCAACCUGCUCCAAGAAGCUGACCGAUCCCUCGGGUGUGAUAGCAUCACCAAAUUAUCUCUACGGCAAUUCCCUCCCCUUUACCUGCACCUACAAAAUAAUUCAACCACUGGGAAAAAUGAUUCAAUUUAGCCUGACAGAUCUCCACAUCACGAUGGACAAUGAAACCUGCUACAACCGUUUGAAUAUUUACGACGGAGAAGACGAAGACUCAACACUUAUCGCCUCAAUAUGUGACGCAAAGUACUACAUACCCUCCCGUAUAUUUAAUUCGAGUGCAAAUUACUUGACGAUUAAAAUAAUUUUUGAGAGGCCUCUCGAGAUACAUCAUGGCUUUCACGCGGUCUAUCGUACCCUUAAUACCCAAUGUGGAGGUCUUCUGGAGGAGAAGGGAAUCAUUGAGAGUCCUGGAUUUGGAACCACUUAUCCACCCAAUCUUAAGUGCAAGUGGACGAUUCACGUGGGAGCGGGUAAAGCCCUUACCAUAGGAUUCGUAAGUUUUGAUAUCGCCUGGCACGAGACCUGUGCUGAUGACUAUGUCCAGUUUACUGAGAUCUCUUCUAAUGGGACCAGGGCAAUCCUCGGAAAAUACUGUGGAAACGACUUACCCACUUCCUUCCUCAGCAAGUCAUCCGUCACCGAGGUCGAGUUCAGGAGCAAGGAGAAGACCGAUCACAAAGGAUUUCAAAUUCGUUAUUUUGCCAUUGACCAAAUAGGACAGUAAAGGUGUGAGGAUUCUAUCAAAUUUUGAAUAAAUAGAUUAUUUUAAGAAUAGGAA